AAGCUCUGUCGGAGUUUGACCUGUAGUGACUGAAAACUGGAACCAGUAGGAAACCAAGACCAGAGCUGGGUCUGAGAUCGUAGCUUACAGUGUAGGAAAUUAUCACGCAUGCCAACCGGCCGAAGGACGAAAGUAUACACCUGUAAUUGGGAAGGAACGGACCACAAUAACUUUUUUUAUGAAGCCAGAUAUUGUGCUGGACUGUUUUCUGCUGUAUAAAACAUUAGACUAAUUGGUUAACCUACAUUUUCUUUAUUUAUUAGUGUUUUUUACGGCCUAUCAAUGCUCUUGCAUCAGUUCAUGAACGGAGCCUUAGAAGUGAUGCAUCCUACAGCAAUACAAAAAGACACUACUUUCACCAAGAUUUUUGUUGGUGGGUUGCCUUACCACACAAACGAUGCCUCCUUAAGAAAAUAUUUUGAAGCCUUCGGAGAGAUCGAUGAGGCUGUUGUGAUAACGGACAGACAGACUGGGAAGUCUAGAGGAUACGGCUUUGUGACCAUGACUGACCGGGGGGCAGCAGAGAGGGCGUGUAAAGACCCGAACCCCAUCAUCGACGGGCGGAAGGCCAACGUCAACCUGGCAUACCUGGGUGCCAAGCCACGCAGCAUGCAGACAGGUGAGCCUGACAGGGGCAUAUCUAUUGGCGUGCAGUCCAUUCACCCUGCACUCAUCCAGAGGCAGUAUGGGUUGGCCCAGCAGUACAUGUACCCACAGGCCUUCGUCCAGCCCAGCCUGGUGAUGCCCUCUCAGGUGUCCUCCUCUGUCAGCUCACCCUACCUGGACUACAGUGCUGCCUACGCCCAGUAUGCCUCAUCCGCCUUCGACCAGUACCCCUACGCCGCCUCCCCAGGCUUCCUGGGCUACGGCUACGCCCCCAGCCCCUCCGCUGGGCCUGCCGCAGCCUCUGUCCCCGCCGCCGUCCACCAGACCCUCCCUACGGCCGCAGGCCCCGCCCCGGCCUUCCUGCAGUACGCCCCACAGCCGCACGUCCAGCCAGACCGUAUGCAGUGAGGAAGGGGGAGGAGGGGGGAUGGGAGGCCAAGCCUCGUGUCUGGAGACGCACCCUCCUGGCUGACCCUGCUACUGUCAGGGGUUUCAGGGAAGGGCAGGACUAUUGCACUGUACCAUCAGGAUGAGCCCCUUCUUCGAUGAUGGAAGGUGGGGGUGGGGAGGGGGGGGGGGGGGGUCAGGGAUUAGGGACUGUGGGGCCAGGGUGUUAAGCUAUUUAAGGGCCACCUGAAGCAGACACAUUCAUUUUAUGAGGAUUUAUCAUUAUUAUUAUUGUCUAUCUAUAUUGUAUUAAUGUUCCUGUCCGUGUUUUAUGUAUUCAAUGUUAUUUUGUUGUUCAAUCAACAAUGUCUAUGGUACAUAGUUGUUUUUGGAGAGGCUUACCUCGGACACUGCUGCUUUGAGACAGUGGGCUGGGCUUGGGCUUAGAGCAGGGCAGGCUGGGGGCCGUGGCCCUGGGCUGGCCCUGUGAGCACACUUGUCCAGUGUUAAUGGCCCAAACAAAGGAACAAGGAUUAGUCACUGUUGAUCAAGGACAAAAUGGACAGGCUUCAGGUCCCUCACCUGAAAAUGUGACUUCAGGACUACGUUUUUCUUAUUUUCUAUUAAAGAGGCCUUAAUAGAACUCCCUUGAUGUAUCUUCUAAGUUUAUACAAAAGCUCCUUUAACCCUCACUCACACACUGGGAGAGGCCCCUGUCGUAGGUAUAUGGCCAGAUGCUUCCUAUUUAUACUCUAGUCUAGUCCAGUCUGUACACUCACUUUGUUGUUGAUUUACUGUGUUGAUGGAUGUAGAUAAUCAUAUGCAGUAGGUGGGAGGAGGCCAAGAGCAUUUGGUAUUGAUGUGGAUGGUAUCUGACACUGAGAUCCAAUACCAGUGUGUUUCUUCUUUGUCUAACUGUUGAUCUAAGAUGAUUGUCCAAAAUGUUGCUUUGUCUAAAGGACAUUCAUGUA